GGCCACAAUGCGUGUAGGGUCGACACUCUCCACUGUGGGUGGGUUGAGUCACUCGUGAACUGGUUGAAUGGCGUUUUCUCAGACAGUUUCUAAACCAUCUCCUAUCCACCUGCCCAUAUCCUCUUCCCAUCACUCCUCCCUUCCUCCUCCAUACCUCUAAGAUGAUCCGAGUUCACAACACCCAGUACUCCCUCUUCCUGCGCCAGGCAGAUGUCCUGCGUCGCUCGGGGACGCUGUGUGAUGCUGUCAUCUCAGUCGAGAGCCAGGUGUUCAGGGCCCAUCGGCUGGUGCUGGCCUGCGCUAGCAAGACCCUGGAGCAUCAGCUUACCCUGCAGGCUACACGCUCAGACCAGCCCGAUCGCCUCGACCAACCUCACCACUGUAGUCUGAAACUCCUCUCCCCACACACCUUCCAGCAGGUUCUGGACUUUGCCUACACCGAGACCCUGGAGGUCCCUGUGGAUGAUCUGCCCCAGCUUCUGAGGGCCGCCAAGCUCCUGGAGAUGCAUCCCCUGGAGGAGCAGUGUCGCAGCCAGCUGAAGAGAAAUAUGGGGUGCCUGACGAGAGAGAGAAGAGAGAUGAGAGAAAUAAGAGAAGUGAGAGGAACGAAAGAAACUAGAGAAAUUACAGAAACGAGAGAACUUCAGAUGACAGAGGAGAGAGAUGAGAAAGAAUCCCUGAAAGGAAGUCCCAUUCCAGAAGAGGGGGAUCCCCAGACAAUUCCCUCCAUUGAUCUGGAGCCCCAGAGCAGCCCAUUCACUGAGGACCCCACUCUUCCUGACACUAGGGAGAACUCCUCUGGUUCAUCACCCCCACAGAGAAAAAGGCCAAAGCCACUCACACCCACACUAGUGACCACCACACCGCCUCCAUCCAGAGACAGUGUCAUCGCCACCACCGCUUCCACCAUCCAACCCCCUCCCCCUCCUCCCCCAGCAUCGAGGGUCAUGUGGCACCAAGUCAACACCUUGAGGAGGAUGGCCUUGAACUAUAACGACCUCCUGGCAGCCAGUUCCUCUUCCCUUCACCCCUCACAGCACCUGGUGACAUACCCCUUCCACAUCUCAACUCCUCACAUGUACCCCCUGCUAACGUCCUCCAUCCCGCCCCAGGUCCACAGCGCCGUCCUGGGCUACCCGGGCAUCCUGCAUCCCUACCACCACCACCACCCCCUGCUCUCUGGGUCUCGGGAGCUGGGGGACAUCCUGAAGCAAGGUCUGCUGGGAAAAAGAGACCCAAUGGAUAAAGUGUUGAUAGGUGGAGCACCAGGGGAAGGGCAAAGAUACUCCCAGGAGCUUCCAGGAAGAACCCAGGACUGUCAGCACUGCAGCAAGGUCCUCCUGGGCAGCUCAUGGCUGCAGGCCUCAACCACCAACCCCCAAGGCUCAGGUGAGACCUCUCUGGGGUGUAAGUACUGUGAUCGUGGCUUCAGGGUGGAGCGGUCAAUGCCAUCCCACCGGCGAGAUCAGGGAGGAGAGAAGCCCUACCAGUGUAAACGCUGCUCCAAGAGGUUCAGCCUCAAACACCAACUGGAUACACACCACCGGGUACACACAGGAGAGAAGCCGUUUGAGUGCCGUCUGUGUGGCCAGCGGUCGAGGGACUACUCAGCCAUGAUCAAGCACCUGCGGACCCACGGCGGGGCCACACCCUACCAGUGUACUGCCUGCCUGGAGUUCUGUAGCAGCCUGGCUGCUAUGCAGAAACACCUGAAGAACCAUACGCUGCAGGACUUCCCCCCAGACUGGACCAUCAGCAGCACCUACCUGUACACAUGCCAUACGUGAGCUAGCUCAGGCAAAUAUAAUGUCAAUAGAGUAGUUUUACUACCGAACAACUACAUCUCAGGGAAACUAUCUCAGAAACACUUUUUCACUUCAACUCAUAGAAUGUAAUGUACAUACAUGGUAACAUGUAACAUUUAUCCAUGUACUCCAAAAGUGCAUGGAGUACAUCAAUACAUAUUUCCACCACUAGAGGGAGACUGGGUCUCAGAAAAGAAUGUAAAACAUGUCUAGCACCAGCAGUAUUAUCAUUAUCAAGCACAGUAUUAUUCCCAUUCCAUCAUGGCUGCAGCUGAAAAGUCAGUCACUUCCAAGAGACAAGGAAAGGAAACAUCGAGACUAUUUAGAGGCAGCAAAAAAUUUGCCCAUGUUUCAUAUGAAUGUUUCCGUCUAUGUCUGGCCGUUAUCUCUCUCAAGAAGACUUGGAGCAAUCUUUUUGUACGCAAAAUUUUGAUUUUCAUUUAACCAUAUGUGUUUAGUACAUUUAGAUGUUGUUUGAUUCAGAUUUACAGUGCCUAUAGAGUCUGCACCUCCUGGAAAAGUGAAAAGAAAAUUCGACACAUUAUUACAAAUUAAUAACAAUUAAAUAACUAAAAUAUAGUACCUGCAGAAGUACUCAACUGCUUUGUUUAGGCAAGCCUAAAUGAGUUCAGAAGUACAAUUAGGCUUAACAAAUCACAAACGGACUCACUCUGUGUUAAAUAAUAGGGGUUGACAAGAUUUUUGUAUAACUACCCCUUCCUCUGUCCCACAUACAUACAACAUAUGUAAGGUCCCACUUGAAGUACAUACAACAUAUGUAAGAUCCCACUUGAAGUAUUGAAUCUCAAGCACAGAUUCAACUACAAAGACCAGGGAACUUUUCGAAAUCCUCAUAAAGAAGGCCAGUGAUUGGUAGAUGGGUAACAAUAACAAAUCAGACAAUGAAUAUGUCUUUAAGCAUG